UGUAGAAUAACAGGAACUAAUUUAUUCACCUUCCCACAUCGGCGAAAGUAAAAUGUUCUUACUUUUGUUUCGUGAAAAGCUAACAUAGUGGGGAUUAUGGAGAAAACAGCGUGGGUCUUAUUAUUUGAUGUUAACAGCCAACUUUGGCUUGAGCAAGAGUGGCUGAUGGCACCAUCAUACAAGCUUAUAUACUUCAAUGCCCGGGGAAAAGCAGAACUUAUUCGGUUUAUUUUUGCAUAUGCAGGAGUUGACUAUGAAGAUGAACGUAUCAGUCAAGAUAAAUGGCCAGAACUGAAACGGAAGAUGCCAUUUGGAAUGUUACCUGUUCUGGAGAUAGAUGGGAAACUUGUAGGACAAUCCAAUUCCAUUGCCCGUUACCUAGCAAAGCAGUAUGGGCUAGCUGGCCGUGAUGAGUGGGAAAGCCUGCAGUGUGACAUGUUGGUUGAUACACUUACUGACCUUAAACAAGAGUUGUUUCAGUACAGGAUGGAACCAGAUCAGUUCAAGAAGGAAGAGAAGAAGGUAGUCCUCAUGAAGGAGAAGAUCCCAUUCUACCUCAGCAAGUUUGAAAAAGUGGUGACAGAGAACAGAGGGUUCUCAGUUGGAGGAGCAUUAACAUGGACAGAUUUUGUGUUUGCUGUAUCUUUGGAGAACUUUGAACUAAUAUUUGGAAAGGAGUCUUUAGACCGGUAUCCAUCUUUAAGAGCUCUGAAAGAAAAGGUGUUCAGUUUACCAAGCAUACAAGAAUGGCUACAGAAGAGACCAGCAACAGAUUUCUGAACAGCUCUCCUCUACAGGAUAUCGUGCAGCAUAUCUGAUGCCAUAUUCUGAUAUGGCAUUUCUCAAGCCAUGAAUCAGUAUACAGACUUGUUAAGCUGUUAGGGUCAUACUGUCACAGGAAGGAACUUUGUUAACAUUUUAAAUGCCUUGUUAUUUAGAUAAGGCCAGUCCUGGUGCAGUAUAGAUGUACACUUCUAACAGAAGUGACAUCAUUUUAAAAUUGUAAUAAAAUUAAUAGAAUUUAAAGUGUAUCUUACAUUUCAAAAUAAACAUGAUAAGAAAAUUUGUCAUAUCAAUAUUUAUGUCCAUAUGAAAGUGCAUUCAGUAUAGUGAUAACACCACAGUGAGGAGUGUUUUCAGUUCAUUGAAAAGUUACAAGUGGAGAUUUCUGAAACUUGGAAAAUGUAUCCAGAGAAUGUGUAUAAGUGCACUGGUAAACAAAUAUGCCCUGAUUUACAUGAUAGUUCCAUUGCUGGAAAACUCUAUGUAAUAGAAAGUCAUAUAAAUUGUAGCAUGAUUUUCUUUCUUCCAGACACUCAAUUUUAAAGAAGUAUGCUCAUAAGCAAACAUAUCUCAAUGGCAAACUUGGUAACUGCAGCACUCCUCUUGGUUAUUUGGAAGUGAAAUCACAUUACAGUAAAUAGACACAACCUUUAAACAUAUAAUUAUGACAUUUUAAUGACAUUAAAUGGUGGCUGGAAGUUGUGUCAUGAUCAAAGGCUUCCUAUAAUACUUGGAUAGAGACUGUAAUUUUUGAUGUUGAAAGAAUUGAUGUUUCUUCUUAUAACUUCACAGCUUCAUCUUUCUUCUACUCAAGUGAAAUGGAGUGAAGCGUGAAACUAAUUGGUGGAUUAUAUAGGUUCUGAUGAUUGUGUAUAACACUCAGAAUUACUCGGUUCUUGGACUUUGUCCAUCAUUUGGUAUUCUAAGAACUAUAAAACACAACAUUUCGGAGAAUGGAUCUAUUUCAAUUCUCAGGUGAGGAGGGCGACACCUACUCUGUUGGGUCCCUUAGAAAGAGCUAACCUCAGUGACUGGACUCUAGACUACCAAAUGAUGGACAAAGUUUAAAAACCCAGUAAUUCUGAAUAAUCUAACACUACACAUGCAGUGAUGUAAUGUGUAAGUAGAGGACAGCCAUGAAAAUGAUAAAAAUGGUUGUACAAAUUGCAUAUAGUUAAUAUUAUUCACAAUACAAGAAAAAUGUAGACCAAUCAAAAUAGGUUAAGCCUGCUAAACUAUAUAAUUCCAUUAUGCAAUAUUAAUUUGUCUUUCAUUUGAAAAUAAUAUAUAACUUAAUGUUAUAUAUGGAAGUUGAACGUCAAAACGAAAGAAGGGCAGAGGUACCGAUCGGAAGAGGAACAACUGAAGGAAAGAAAGUUUUGUUAGGCUGUUUGGGGAUGAACAACCUUUAGAAGGGAGAAAUGUAAGGUGUUUGGAGUAGAUACUUCAAUGGUAACGCAACAACACUGGGCCAUUGCGUAGGAAAUGCAGAAGCAACAAACAUGUUUCCUCAGAGAUGGAAGGUUCACUGCAUAUCAACGGCCACAGAUAUAUAAGGGGGUUAAUGCAUUCACCAAGGCAGUCUUAGUCGCCAUAGAAGACAGUUGAAGCCCAGCAUUUGCUGAGAUGUAGUUGAACAGCAAUUGAGACACUGGAUUGUACAAGAUUAAGAUUAAUUGUGAUAUGUAUAAUUGUAUAAGUGUAAAAGCAAAGGAGAGUAAAUGUUCGCUACAUCCCUGAAUGGUGUGAAGUUAAUUGUCGCGUGACAUACCCAACACGUGACAGUAUAUUUAAGUAUGGUACAGAAGUUUCAACUAGUAAAUCAUACCCACCAGUUUUGGUUCAUGUCCCAAUGAUUCACAAGGAAAUAUCAGAAGUUAUCUAAAGUUAAGGAGUUUGAAUCAAGAGCACAACAUUAUAAUCUGUGUAGCUGGAGAAAAUGUUGGUUUUUCAGGAGAGGCUGCCCACUGCCAGUCCCCACUUUUGACAUCCAGAAAUUCAUAAAUCAAAGCCUGAGACCCUCUGCAUUUUUUGCAAUUUCCUUCUUACUUCCCUCUCUUAAUUCCAGGGCAGCUCAAGUGUAAAGCAGUUUGGUUAUGAGUGGGACAACUUUCAUAUUUGGCUGGGGUAAGAGAUUUUUCUCUUCUCCACAGCCUCCAAACUAACUUUGGAGCCCAUCCAUCCUUUUAUGCAGUGGGUGUUGGGGUUUCUUUCCUCAGAAGAAAAGUGACCAAGGUUCAAAGCUAAUAAUUCAUCUCCAUCUAUGGCAAAGGGUAAGAAUGCAUGGAGCUAUACUCAACUCUUCCAUAUGUCUUCAUGGUAUGAUGCUUAAUUAAGCACAGGGAAUUUACUUUUGUGAAAAGACUGUUCAUAAACACAUUCACGAAAUGCGGGGUCAAACAACCCUUUGGUACCAGGUUUCAUGUCACCCAGUAUUAUCAUUGUGACAUCUGUAUUGUCUGUGGUGUUCUGAAUGUUUUCUCUAUCAAGAGAAACUUCACUUUUGUUUACAAUUUAUCUUACUUCAUUAUUCUAUAGAAAUUUCCGGGUAUGAUCUUCGAAAAUAAUUAUAAAAUUAAAUAACUAAUCACCCUUUUUUAUAUUCUACUGAUACUGUUACUAUUAGCAUUCUAGUCAACAGUACCAUACUUAGAACUGAAUGAUUCAUGGUUUGAGAAACAGCUCUGUUCUCAUAGCGUAUUACAAUUCACAGGAGAGAGAGGAUUUUUCAGAUAAACUGGUGUUUAUAUUGUAUUACUGAGAGAUAUUGCUAUUUAUUUACCAACAUCUCCAGAUAGCAACUGAAUAUAAGUAAAACCUUAGAAAAGGAAAGAAUAAGAAUAUUUUCUCUGAAACAUCAGCAUGUUAUUACAUUAUUCACUGGACAUUUGAUCAGAACUUGUUAGUGUUAUUUCUUAUCAGAAAUUUAGUAACUUAAGAGAAUCCUCAUGUUAACAGAGCAGUGCUGGUAGUUAUGAAUAACAAAACAUAGUAAUGAUAACGCUAAUAUAUAUUUCAAAUACAGAAUUCAAAAUAUAGUAUGUAAAUAAUUUCUAAAAAUAAAUAAAACUAUGGUUCUGGUGCUGAACAUGUAAGUGCAAAGACAAUCACAUUUGAUGAGAACAAACAGAUGCUGUACUGUUUAAAAUUACAAGUGUGAAUAAUUUUUAUGCUAUGAAAAUUGUAAUUGAAGCUAAACAUACUGUAUGGACAUCAUAUCAUCAGUUACCUCAACACGCAUAUAUGUUUGAAGACAUAUGUCCAAUUGUUUCUCUUGAACAGUAUUCAUAUUUGAGUGAAGAAUAUGUUUAUACAAUUUUGCCUGAAAAUGAAAGUGAAACAGAUUGAGCAUUUGGCACAUUUUGAAAGCAAUUCCUUUACAAUUGAGGCCAAUGCAAUAGUAUUUUAACAUUUCAUUGUUGGUAACUUUGUAAUAAAUUACAACAUUCUGUGUUGACUAUGAGAAUUAUAUUGGAUUAUUUUUAUUAAAAAAGAUGUCUGGAUCAUUGAAACAUUCAGUCAUCUGUGAUGGAGCAGGAAAAGUACAGUAUUGGUACUAGGAGCUUGAAACCCAGGGAUGGAUAAAAGUUAUUGAAGAAUUUGAAAUGCAUUCCUAUUUUCUUAGGAAUAAUGAUGCUCUAGUUGUGAUCAUCACUAUGAAGACGUGUAUCAUUGUGCCUGGACACAAUGCUCAUACCAGAGUGAACAGUAACCAAAGUAGUGUAGUGUAGAUCAAAUCUAUAGUAACAGCGUAUGAAAUAAUUAAAAGACCCAUGUUGCCACUAAAAUUAAAAAAAAAAAUGAAGUGGUACAGCACUGAGGCUGGCCUACCCUCCUACACACAAUAGAAAUUUCAGCUUAAAUUUAAUAAUUACUUUCAAUUAACCAACUCUUUUACCAUUAAUCAGUAAUCAUUCAUUAACUUCUAUAGUAAUCCAGUUCUAGUAAUGCGUUUUUCAUGACACAAAUGACAGUUAAUUUAUCAAAAUUAAGAAGAAUAACUGGAAUGCUCAGUCAGUUGAUCACAGUAGCCCUAAUAGAUAUUUUAUAUACCAAGGUCUGUAAAUUAAGUAAUACCACAAACACUGUUUGGUUAUUUCCAAUGGAAAAAUCUAUGAUUAACAGGACUAACCAUCUGUAUACUGAACGAUUUUUUUUUAAAUAUCUGUACAUUUCCAUGGAAACUUGUAACUUCCAUUGUUUGAAAACUGCAAAUGAAUUGUUUAAUUAUUAAAUUACUGCAGGAGAUAUUUCAUUUGACUGAUAAUGUCACACACUAAAGCUGGUUAGAGCAGACAGUUCAGUUUAAAGGAAUUUUAUCUCAUGUAGCGUGAGAAGGAUUAAUGACUGAAAGAAAUGAAAGCUAAUUGUGUCAUACCUUGUUUUUAAACAUUGUGAAAAUAUGUAUAUUUCGGUUAUAGUUCAAGACCUGUACCAGUCACAUUAUCCUGAAGUUGAACCUUUACCUUAAAUGUUUCUGAGAAGCAAAUAGUGUAUCCACUAAUCCUCGUCCUGCACUCCAUUUCAAGUCACAUUAUUUCGUUACUGAGCACUGCCAAAUAUCCAAACAUAUUUAUAGCAACCUUCCAUGUUAACAGAGCAAAGAUAGUUUCCAUAUCUGUUAGAACAAUCCCCAAAAUAGUGAUAGUAUAUGUUUGCAACAUGUUCUUAGAUGUGCCUUUGAAUAAAAAUGUUGAAUAUGUUCUAAAUUUGAAAUCAGUAGGGCCUAUAUGUGUAUAUCAUGUUAUAAAGAAAGUGUUACAUUUUAAGUUGCAGGGCUGGUUGAAGAGAAUUUUGGGCAUGUCAUAAAAUGAUUCAAAUGUUGGUGAGAUUUAAAAAAAAAUAUGUGAAUUAAUGCCUGA